AUGGGCUUGCCCGCCCAUCGUGUACACGUGAGGUGGCGCCUAUCUGCUCGCCUUGACGGCUGCCGUCUCGCUGCAGUGCUCGGGGAAGGAUGCCUUUGCGGCAAACAGCAAGUGCGCUCCGGCCGCAUCGUUGGAGGUCAUGACGCCUACGAUGGCGAGUUCCCUUGGAUCGUGUCUCUGAGGAUUAACGGCCAACACGAGUGCGGAGGGACAAUCGUGGCAAAACGUUGGAUUGUCACUGCUGCUCACUGCCUGCAAAGGGCGUCGCUACGAAGCCUCCGUAUUCGCGUGGGCGAGUACAACCUGUACCAGGCGGAGCUGGGCCACACGUCCCAGGACCUGGUGGCCGAGCGGUUCCUGGUGCAUCCUCGGUUCGGUUCUCCCAAGAGGCUCAGCAACGACAUCGGGUUGGUCAAGCUGGCCUCAGAGGUCCCGCUGAGCUCGUACGCCGUGCCGGCCUGUCUGCCGUCUCCGGGGGACAAGAGGCUCUACGCGGCCGGCAAGAACGGCACCGUCGCCGGCUGGGGAUACGUCCGGGAACUGCGCCUCGAUUCGUUUGGAGACGAUAGGCUCAGUUCGUACAUGACGGACGUGCUGCAGAAAGUGGACGUGAGGAUCAUGAGCAACAUCCAGUGCAACGGAUUGUACAGCGAGGCAGACAAGUCCAUCCGCGUAGCCAGGGAGCAGCUUUGUGCCGGACACAAGGAAGGCAAGAAAGACGCCUGCACGGGAGAUUCUGGUGGCCCACUGAUGGUGCGCGAGGGCAAGAAGUACGUUGUGAUUGGCGUGGUCUCUGGGGGCAUAGGAUGCGGUCGUCCUCUGCUGCCCGGUCUCUACACCAGGAUCGCUUCCUACAUGCCCUGGAUACUCAGCCACCUAAGAAACGACCGCUAGUUACACAAGUUGUCCAUUUAAUUUAUGCUUGGAAGAUGGUAAUUACA